AUGCGCAAUGGGUGAAACUCUUAUGAAACAAAGUAGUGCAGCGGCAGGAAAGCAGGUACAGAGAGACCGGGAUUCUCAGGCACCGAGCACCUACAAGACCUCCCCGCACAUCCAAACCUACGAUAGAAAUGCUUCUUUCUUUGGGCUUGACAUAAAUAUCAUCGCCGGGGAGCCAGCAAGAGGUAAGCACGGUCAUUUUGUCGGCUUUAUUAGUGUAGUUUCACGGAAAAACAUAAUGUACUUGGAUAAACAGCGCCACCACAGUUACAUAAGGAUCGCUCUGGUGACCCCGUUUUGCUUUACUGGCAUGUGUUGCAUUUCCAGGGACUUAAACUUUAAGACGAAUUUAAUUUUAAACAUGUGUUAAGACUGUUUAAUUCACCUUUGCUCUGUUUGGACUGUCUUUAAGUGUUAAUAUUUGUUAUUUAUCCGAGUUAGUGUCCUGUGAAAUGCUGUGGGCUCAGUCAGCCCCUCAUUCAGAAUAGACGGUGUGACCUAAUUUCCAUUUGCAGAAGUCAGAGGAGCCUUCACUGUGAGGUGACACUCAAUAUUUAGUCCAAUAAUACCUGUUCAAAACAUUACCUGCCUUUAGGAAACAUAGUUAUGAUUAAAAAUAAGGAAAACAGGAAAAAUAUUUGGUGUAAAAUUGAAUGUUUUUGCUGUUUGUUUAUGUUGACAGUGGAGCAGAAUACUCAUUUUAAAGUUUUUCUUUAUAGAUAUCAACAAACUAUCAAUUUUUUGUUAUAAAAUCAAUUUUUACUUGGAUUAUUUUCACUUUUCUAACAAGAAGUGAACACUGAUAAGCCACCAAAAUCACCUUUUCCCACCUGGACUGUUAUUUUAAAGGGUGUUUUUAUACAAUAUUCUGAAUUAAGGCUGUAUUUUUAUGAAUUGCAGAUUAAACAUGACUAAAAAUCCGUCACAGAGGCUCCCCCUAAAAAUCUGCUCACCCGUCUGUUCGACUCCUGUAACUGUGCCAGAGAAAACCUGGCAAAUUUCAGUAUUUACUUUAAUUAUUUUCACUUUCCUAAUCAGGAGUGAACACCCACAAAUCGACCAAAAUCACCUUUUCCCACCUGGACUCUUAUUUUAGAGGGUGUUUUUAUACAAUCGUCUAUAUUUAAAGGUAAAAUUUUAUGAAUUGCAGAUUGAACAUGACUAAAAAUCCGUCAUAGAGGCUCCCCCUAAAAAUCUGCUCACCCGGCUGUUCGAGUCCUGUAACCAUGCCAGAGAAAAACUGGCAAAUUUCAGAUGUCAAGCUGCGAAAAAAAAAAAAAAUCAGCAAUGUGGCCGACAAUGUGAUGAGCAACGUUUUCUGUCAGAGGCGAAUAAUCAUGUUCUGCAGAAAGUAAUGCUCUGCCUAAAUGAAUGCAGUGUAAUCACAUGAGGAGAAAACAAACAGAAGUGAAUUCAGAGUUUUUCUGUGCAUCAUUUCUCUGCAGGGAUGAUGAUGAAACUCCUACUAGUGUUCAUGUAGAGACGCUGCAAUCUCACAGUAAAUUUAGACUAAUUAGAGUGUUAAUUGCUGGUACAGUAGUGAUUAACAUCUGUCUUAAUUUGGUUUAUUUUGCGCAUCGUGUGCAUCAAACAGGUGAAUUUGGUUUGCAUCUUUUAGAAAUGCUGUGUUUGGAUUGAUGCCAGUCACAGCAGACUCCAAGUGUGACCCAGUUUCCCUCUAUCCCAAGGUGUAUUGGAGGAUUGCAAAAUUUGGUUUUGAUGUCUUCAACCUAACGGAAAGAUUACUUAGCGAGUUAGUCAUUGAUUUCCACUUAAACUCUGCUGCUAUGCAACAAGUGCAGGUCAUCCCCAGCUAAAAGGAGAGCCUGAAUUGAUCAUUUCACUUAGUUUUGAUAUGAUUAUGAUGUGAUUUGAAAAACUGUAAAAGAACCUGCACAAGCUCUUUUUAUUCAACAAGGCUAGACAGACGUUAAAAGCUCUUAACGUGUGCUUUUACUUGUUGAAGGAAUUUAAAGUGUGAUUUUUAUCAAAGUUUGACUAAGGUUAAAUAUCUUUGUUGUUUUGUGCCUAAACAGAGCUCCCUUUCUGUCGCUGUGAGGUACAUUGUGACGUAUUUUCUUGAACCUUGAUUUUCAGAGAAUGAGAUGGCAAGAAAUUAGAUCACAUGAAAGCAAUUAGCUGUUGUAAAAAUUAAAACUUUAGGAAAAUCCAGAUUUAAGCAUGAAAAAGUGUCAUUUUAAAUUCCCCCGAUAUCUGAUGCUUAGAUAUCCAUUUGUGGGAAAAAUGCUCCAACUGUUUAAUUUUGCAGAAACGUGGUUCAGUAGUUUGUUUGUGAAUACUGGAAACUGAUUUAAAGUUUAAAGCCACUGUGAGAAACGUUUGGUGAAGUGUUGAUUUUGGCACCCCCGUGUGGACAGACUGAGACUUUACCUUUUACAGAUCAUCCUGCAGAUUUAAAGCCGUGUUUCCAGACGAAAUCUUCGCCCUGUUGUCCUUUUAAACUGUGAAAAGAAAAACAGUCUCAUAUUCACCCCCUUUCAAAGCAUUUUCAAGCAUUAAAAAGAAAAAAGAAAUGAUUUUGAAGGUCAUUGAGAGGUAUCACAGUCACUUUCUAAAGCAGUUAAAAACUCCUCUUUGCGCUUUUUUUCAGUCUUCCAUUGCUUUCUUUUAAAGUCGAACAUGUCAGGCUGAUUUGGUCGGAUGCUGUCUGACUCCUGCCAUCACAGCAGUUUCAGGCCGACCGACAAACUUCUAGAAAUUUCAGUUUUGUCAUGUAUCGUCUUGACUUCAUCCUGUUUUAUAACCGACCGAAACGUCUCACAGGAGCUUCUGUUGAACUUUUAACCUCCUGAUAUUUUAUUUCUAGGUCAGGUAGAGUCCUAGAUGUGAGGAGGAUGAAUCUCUGCGUGAUAAAAAAAAACACUGUAUAGAUGAUAAAUCCAGUUUUUAAAGCUGAUGGAUGUGUAAAAACUAGGGCUCAACCGAUAACGAUUAUUAGGGGGGGGGGGGUCAGAUUACCGAUUAAUCGGCUGAUUUUUAAAAAAAUUUUAUGAAGUUUUAAAAAUGUAUAUAUACUGUAGAUUUACUGUAGGCUACUGCUCUUCACGCCGACAUUCUAUUUCUGAAAAUAUUGGCGAAAAUCGGCAAGUUUUGGCCGAUUACCGAUUAGCCUCAAAUGGGCUAAAAUUGUCCGAUUUAAUCGAUGAUAAAUCGGUCGGGCCCUAGUAAAAACUGUAGUUUAGAACAGAACUCCAAUAUGAACCUUUACUUACCAGAUUAUCUCUUUUUAACGAGGAUAAAUCAACAGGUUGGUGGAGAAAUUGCUCCACCUUUAACGCAGUUUUGAACUCAUUUAUUGGUCUGAUUGAAGACACUACAUCUCAGAGCGUCGGGUGAUCUCGACUGAACUGAUGUUAAGUUGAAUUAAUCUAGUUCUGCACCAAGAAAGAUCCUGGAAUUAAAACUGUAGUUGUGGCGUUUCUCCAGGAACAGAUCUGGCCUCAUUAUAAAAGAACUCGAACAGAAAUGUUUAAAAAUAUGCACAACAGGGGAGAUUCAUAAAUGAGUCAUUGAUUAUGAAUGAAAUGCUUCUCUGCAAAAAUGUGGAAUUUUCCAUGACUUCUUCAGGCAUUUGCUUAUCUUUACAGUCUUGAAUAUUAUUUAUAUAAAGCAUGCUUUCUCUGUACGGUAUCAUAUGAAUCCAGCCUAAACAAAAUUAACCUGCAGACAAGCCGCCCCCCCUCCUUACAGCUAAUUACUCAUUUAAAAUAGUCGGUGCGAACCCGGCUGACAUGGUCGUUCUGUUUUUAUUCCACUGCCUUCAACAGCUGGUCUGUGUUUGCUGACAUUUACACAGAGAGAGCACACUGUAACAUGCCUCACCUAUAGAAAGAAGGAGGACUAGGAGACUGUUGUUGCUCUGUAGGCUUUGAUUAUAUAGACAUAGGAGGCACCAAAUGGCUGUAGAAGCUGUUCAGGUAGGUUUUCAGGUGUCAUCCUGGCUGCUUUGAAAGUGAAUAUUUUAUAUAACACGGUUGCAAAACAAUGUCCCAGAUAGUUCAUAGUCACGUUUAGUAAUCUCUGUGCGGCGUGUCUGAUCCUGCAGCCGCUGUGAUUCAAAUGAAGUAUGCAAAACAAAGAAGAGAGAGGAUGUUGAAACCUACUGAAGUAUGCACAGUCUGAGCGAGCUGCAGCAGAGUCCAUAGGAGCCAGAGGGUCGUUAAUACGAUAGACAUGUCAGAUUUUCUUUGUUUAGAUUAUUUUAUGGGUUUUUAACCUUUUUAUACAGGACGCAGGAGGAAAAACAGGAAGGACCUGGAAAGAGUGAUAGAGGGCGGGGGAAAGUUUAAGGGUGGACCUAAAGCAGGGUCACAGUAUGCAGCGAUUUCCCUCCAUAAUACAGUAUGUAAACAUGUGAAAGGCGGAUCCUGGACGCGCUCAACACGCAUUGUCUUUUAAAUCAAAACCACACAAGAGAAUAGGAUUUAAAGCUCCUUUUAAGGUUUUUUCUAUGCUUAGAAAACACACCGAAAAAUGGCUAACGUAUUUAUAUGACGUGCAAAAAAAUAAAAGUACCAUUGACUAAAGUGGGGAUAUUUUAAUCGCUGUGCAUACGAGUAAAAUUGUGAAAGAUAAACCUGGAAAAAGUAAGUAUGUUGUAUUGUAAGGUAUUUAAAAAAAUCGGAAAUACAAGAUUCAUAUCUGUCCACAGGGGGCGCCAAAAUCGACACAAACUUUUGGGAGUUUUAAGUUUGAUCCGGUUAGAGAGGACAAUUAAAGAGGACAAAAGUCACAAGAGGCUGAGUGAAAAGGACAUCAACCAAAUCGAAGAAAACACAUGAAACAAACUGGAACUGUAAUAAAGUUUGGGCUUUAACAGGUUAAAACUGUUUAAAUGUCAGGAAAAUAUCACAAAUAUUGGGAUGUUCACAGAGCAGAAAAGCUCAGUUACUUUUAUUAAAGCAAAAUAAGUUCUUAAUUUGUAUUAUAAUAUUAUAUUUAAUCUUAAUUAACAGAUUAACAGCUAAAUAAACUGGAUUAUUUUCUGUCUUCUGGUUUGAGGGAAAAUUUCAUCUCCUCAGUCUUUUGGUUAAAUUGGACUUUCUAACUUUAGUUUUAUUUUAAAGAACACCAAACACCCAGAAUAUCUCCUCCAACAAUAGAAAGAAGAAGAACUCUUUGUUGUUCUGGUCCAGAUCGCUCUAUUCUCGGCUCGUCCCACUCUGCUGGCAGCCGUCACCGCGUGGAUGCUUCACUUUUCUCUCCUGUUGGGUCUCCGGCUUGAGUAGAUCAUAAAAAAAUCAGACAGCUUUUUUCUGUUUUUUACUUAAAUUAGUUAUUUUACUGCAGUUCAUAAUCAAUUGUUCUUUUGUUUCUUCACUCCAGAUUAAAAUGGCCCCAAAUUCCAUCCACUGGUUCCGUAAGGGCCUCCGUCUCCAUGACAACCCGGCCCUACGGGAGGCGGUCCGAGGAGCGGGCACCGUGCGCUGUGUUUACUUUCUCGACCCGUGGUUCGCCGGAUCCUCCAACGUCGGGGUCAACAGGUGGAGGUAAGAGGGUUUAUUUUCGUCAGUUUGAGUUCGAACUCUCUGGUUUUUGCUUUACUCUGAAUUUCUGUGUUUUCCUGCUCCUGGGUUUAACAUUUUUAAAUUCAUCCUCUCAUUAGAUCGACAUUUACUGUCAGUGAAAUAGACGUUUUUUUAGUUUAAGUGUCUCUAGAGACAUCAUAACAGAAACAUAAGAGCUCAUAACUCUUCAGGAGACGCCGUUACAUCCAGCUUUGUCGUUCCCUGAGCUGUUUUCACGACCCCGUAUCUUCACAAUCUCGUGAAAAUGUCCUUGAAAAUUACAAGAAUAUUUGUUAUCGUAACGAGAAAUAAAAUUGCUCUGGAGUGUCACUGAAAUGGGAUUAAUAACAAGCUCCUGAGGCGACCUCGCACUUUAACUGGGUCACUUGUACCCUUAUGAAAGUCAUGGAGAAUUUGGGUGUCAGAGCGGCGUUUGGUAAUCACAGUAAUUACAGUAAUAAAGGACAAACUUGCAGAGAGUUAUCACCUUUAUCAGGAGGUAUUAUUAAAGCUUCUAUCUUAUAAAACAGUCUUUAAAAAUGACUGUUUGUUUUCACUCCUGCACGGUAAAAUCUGAGUAAAAUGUACAGAGCAAUGAGGAGGCGGUGGAGACCCAAACAGAGGUAAAAGAGGCUGACUAAUGACGUCACUAAGUGGCCUUUUAUUCCUCGCUGUGUCUGACAUCUUCUCAUGUUUAUGAAUGACUGAAGAAUGAAAGCAGUAACAGUGUAAACUACUCAAAUUCAUGCAUUCAUACAAAGCUGGCGUCUAAAUAAAGAGGUGUUUUUUGUGGCUCUUUAAAUAACGAGGCUCGUUGUUGUGAGAUGAGGAUAUGUGGGCCGCGCUCUUUUAUUUUCCUUUUGUAAUGUAAUGACGGUCUGUGGCGGAGAUCUGCGGGGAGCGAUGAGUCAUCCAAGAGGAGCUGAGAGGAGAAAAAAAAGAGAAACGGAGCUGCAGUGCUUCGACAGGCAGCAGGGUGUCAGCAUUUCUCUGCUUUUGAAUCCUCGCAUGUGAGGCUUUUAGGUUUUUAAUGACGCUUUAUUCAUUUAACACAAACUUUUAAUACUUUCUGACCCUUUUUAGAACAGAACAGAGCGAGUAAAUCCACCUUAAGACGUCUUUUUCGGGCUUUUGAAAGCGCCACAGAUGACUGCGAGAAAGAAACUCUAAAUUUAAGUGGAUUUAGGGGACAGAAUAAACCGGGUUUACAGCUCUGACCUGGAAACACCUGCUCGGCUGAUUUCGCAGCUACAGGGCGGCCUUUUUGUUUUAGCCUCUGUGUUCAUGUAAUCCUCAUUAAAGAGGUCAGUCUGCAGGUAGCCGUAUGUUUCUGUGGAUGGAUGGAUGAGAAAAGGACGGAGAAGUGUGCCCUCUUUAAACCAAGCAGAGGUCGAGUAUAAGUAGGUUUCCAAGACAAAGUAUACAGACCUGUGGAUCAGAUGGACCCCCAUAGCGACGGGGACUCAUGUACCUUCAUGUGAGGCCGUUUCUAUCCAUCCUCUCCUCUCUGCGGGAGGGAGGAGAGUCCAUACCGCUCCACUCCUUAUUGCUCGCUGGCCCGUUUUCGCUCUGAAGCGCUAUUUGUAGACCCCACGCAGAAAUAGUCGAUAGAAAAAUCGCUGACCCGGUGAUGUCCGGUGGAUCAAAAUGCUAAAAAUGUAAACAGACUGGUGCUGGCGGCGUCCGGGGAGCAGGAAACACACGUCAGUGACGCACAGUCGUGUUCGAUGCUUCCAGAUUCCAAAACAUAAUUUGUAGGUCAUGGACGAAGGGUUUAUUUCUGUCGACCAGACUUGAUAUUUUAAUGCUGCUCCACUGAUUAUAUGAGAGCUAUAACGAGGUGGACGGAUGAGCUUUAUUUUGACCAAAUUAGGGAAUCACUCUGACAGGUUAUCCUACAGUAAACACACACUGGUACAUACAGAGACAUACAAAUCUGUACGAUAUAUCCUAAAAAAUGAUAAAUGAGAAUCCUAAAGUGGAUGUUAAAGCGCUCUGGGGUCUGACGGUCACAGAUCCACCUGCCGGUCUCACCUGGACUGACAUGGAUUCUGCACAAUGACCCGCCCCAGAAAAUCUCCCCUUGGAUUUAGACUCACAGCUUGCUCUGUCCAUGCUGGGCACAGUCCUCAGCUGCCCCAGAAACCCCACACAGGGGGGGCUGCGACUGUGCUGAAGUCAGUCAAUAACAGUGACAGAAUUUUAGAUAUAAAACUAACUUGACAUGUAGAGUUUUUGAUGUUUAAGGGGUCACAGUGGGGAAAUUAGACGAGGAAAAAGUGAAAACAGCAAGUUAGUGGAAGCUGCAGUUCCUCCAGUGUCCACUAGAGUAAAGGUCCUUUCACAACUGGAGCAUUUAAGUCGUGCAAUUAUUUUGGACAUCAAUAUCUUUUUUUGAACCCGUGUCCUGUCAAUACAAGCGUUCACAUCAGCGAUGUUUUCCUGUCCUGCGAUAUUACAGAAUUUACCCUUUUUCGUAUCACAGUCGAAUUUACUUAAGUUUCACAUACUGUGUGUCCACUUCUGACCAAUCAGAUUUCAUGUUGUUGCGACGUCUGAUUCACCGGUAUAGAAAAUGUCACUUUUUACCGCCUGAUCCAAAUAGAAGUUUGGUUUGUGAGUCAUUUUCCCACACCGCACAGAAAGUGAAUCUCGUCAUUCCUCGUCAGUUUUGAAGGUGUAAAUGUUUGCAGCUCUGCAGUUUGACGUAUUUAAGAGAGUGGUAACAAGUGUAUGUGGUGUUAUCAGUCCUAGCCUUACCUCUCUACCUGGAUGAACUGUCUUUUCUCUGUUUGGAUCCCUGUAGAGUGAAUAAUUCUUUGUGCAGGACUACGAUUUAAUUUGGAAAUAACUUGGACAUAAUAAUUUGGAAAGCUGCCCUGUUGCGCAGCUUUUGUUUGGAGUUGAGGGAAUAAAAAAAAAAACUCAAUUUAUGUAAGUGAUGAAGUAUCUCUUGGACGAGUUUUGAAAGAGCGGUGGUUUAUGUGGGUGAAGUUCAGAGUCUGAUAAGUUUUCAUUUUCUAUUGAGGAGGGCAGGAAAUUGCUGAAUGUGUCCCACUUCUCCAGACUGAAAACGGUGACAUAGGACAAAGACUCUGCCGAGAGUUUCAAGGCUACGCCGAGCGCUUUAACCCGCAGAGGCGAAGACGAGGCUGCAUCACAGGUCACAAGAUGAUGCGCGGAGGGUAAAUUGGAGACAAAUUAGGUCUGAAUUGAGGUCACCGAUUUCUGCUCAUGCACAUGCAGACAUGUUGUUACCUCAGCGAUGGAGCUUAUUUAUGGGGUUUGUUUUUGCUUCAGCAGGAUUACAGGAGAAACCAGUGUCCUCAUUUCAUGAAAAGGAGUGAAAAGGUGUCAGAUGACUCGCAGAUAAUGACGUUUAACAUGGAUAAAAUCAGGAUCUGACCUUGAAAACAGGCCGUGAUUGUGGGUCAGAUUAUCAAACAGACAAGAUGAUACUGAGAGAAGCUGUAAAAGUGGUCAGUUUUCAUUAAUUCUCUGUGAUAUUAUCAAGUGGCUGAAGAAAGAACAAAUCUUAGUAAAGCAGCAGCUCAGUGAGGUAGGGCUGGGCGAUAUAUCUAAACUCAACUCAACUUUAUUAGUAAAGCACUUUAAAACAAUCAAAAAACUAUUAAAACAGUGGAUAAAAUAAAAGCAGAAUGAAAAAGUUAAAUAUAGUUUUAAUGUUUUUAAAAACUAAUUUAAAAACAUAGAAACAGAUAACUAAAAACAAACCAUAAAACACUAAAACAGGAACUGAGUCUCAGGCAGGGUUUAAAAGUCAUUGAACAAAAAUGGGUUUUAAGACGAGUUUUAAAAAUGGACAGUGUGGGGGCUUGUCUGAUUUGAAGGGGUAGCUCACUAUGUUAAUCGGUUCGAAAAAACAACUUUAAUUUAUUUUUUGACACUGAAUGUACUGAUAUGGGCAAAAUGACAUCGGUUAUUGUUGUAAAUUUCUGUAGCGGUAAAUUUUCAGUUUAUCGCUCAGCCCUAGUUUGUUCAUCCCUAAAAUGAUCAGGUUAAAGAGCCAAUUAAUGCAGCUGGACCUACACCAGUCAGUCCACAAAUACUUAAAAACUAGAACCUCUGUGGCUCCUGGUGCAUCAUGGGAAGUGUAGGACAAAGCCCAUAAGAGAGUUAACCCACAGCAGGAACUCUGAGUCUUCUCCUUCAUUCAUAAAGUGGGACGGGAUCGUCUCGUAAUAAGAGUUAACGCGGCCAUUAAAGGUCCCGGUUCACAGGUAAAAAUAACAGCUCCUAAUUGGAUGACAGUCUGUCACACAGACCUGCAGAUGUCCGAGCAGCUGGACAGGUUUUAGUGUCGCUGUCUGAGCCCGAGAUGGCUCCUAGACCGGUCAACCUAAACUCGCAGAAGCUAUAAAUGGGACAGGUCAGGUGACUUUCCAAGGAAUUUGUGUGUGUGUGUGUGUGUGUGUGUGUGUGUGUGUGUGUGUGUGUGUGUGUGUGUGUGUGCGCGCAAUACUUCCACGAGGCCAACUGUUCAGAUUUCUUUAAAUACAUGUCUGGAUUUAUACGCGUGAUAAGAAAGGAUAAUGAUAACUUUUAAUUUUUAAAUGUUUAAUAUGAUAAAAGAUGAAGCUGCGAUUUUAAAAGAAGUUUGCAAUCAUAAACAAGUCGGUGAUUUUCUGAUCUUUAAGUGUUUCUUGAAUGAUCUUUAAGAAAAGUCUGAGUGGGCUGCGAGCUGAGCUGCUAGGGCUUGAACUUCAGUUCAGUAUAACGAAAAUGAAACGCUCUCACUCCUGUCAAAGAAGACAGACACAAUUAUUUUGGGGGGUGGGAGAAAAAAAGCCAUUCACAUAAGUAUCACGUUUUUUUGUUAAACAAUUUUUAAAUUUAUUUUUAUGUUCAAAAGUCUUUUUUUUAUUUAAGAAUAAAUCUUUAAAACUGACUUCGAUGUGAUGUGUAUUUAUUAAUUAAAAAUACAGACUAAAGAUCGAGAAAAUCAACAAUAUCUACAAUCGCAAUUUAAAUCGAAUCGGCGUCAAAAAAAUCGUAGAAGAAUCAAAUCGGGAGAAAAGCGUAUCGUCCCAGCCCUAAUGAUUUAAACUUUGACACUAAAAUAAACAAAACUUUGCCGAAGCUUCAGGGUUGGGCUGGAAGACAAACCGAAAAUUUACCGAAACCAAAAUUUACGAAAUUAACUGACAUCAUUUUGCUCAUACCGGGAAAUUUGGUGUGAAAAAAUAUUGCCCAGCCCUAGAACAAACACUUAACAGUUAGAUUUAUAGGCAACCCCAAACAAGAUCAGACAUGUACAUCAACGGACAGAUGGAUAAACUUAAAUCAGCUUCAAUUAUAUUUGAGUGAAAUUAUAAUUUAAAUGUAAACCCAAAGAAAAAUCAAUCUGAAUCAGUUUUUCCUACAUUUUGAGGACAAAAACAAACAUCUCCUGUGUUUUAUCCGGUGCCGUCUGUUGGACACAUACUGUUUUUAAGUAUUUGGUGUAAUUAUGAAGUUGUUGGUAUCCAGGAAGAGCCAGCGCAAGAUUUCCUACUCGACUAAAAUGCUGAGUCAGGGCAGAGAUUAAUGUAUUCAUUGGAAAAAUCAUGUUUUCAUGCUCAGACAUGGAGGAAAAUGUGAGCUGUGUUGGGAAUAUUACACCAUCUCAGACUGAGACACACAGUUUACAGUCAUUUAAAUACACCAAAAUGUUAAUGCACAUACAGUUAAAGGGUCUCAGUGGACUCACUCGAAGCUGGCUUAUUGAAAUAUGAAGUUUUAACACGUUUAAGAGUUUAAAUUAAACAUAUUUAAUGAGACAAAGCUCUACUUUAAAAUGUGAAAUAGAUAGAUAUAAAGGUCAGAUAAAGCAGCACAUCACUAUGGUGAUAAAUAACACCGGGAUCCAGAGUAAAACCAAUAAAAGAGGCUAAUCAAUUGGUUUUUUUUUCUUCCCGUCCAGGGGAAAAUGUGAGAAUAGUCUCUGCAACAGAUGUAGGUUAGUGUGCCACUGCAUGAAACUUGUGAGCGGUUAUGUGAUCGUGACCUACUUGUGGGGAGGCUUUCCUGCUUGGCCUUGUUAACAGAGCGGCGGACACACGCUGAAAAACACAGAACAGUACAUCUGUUUGAAAAUAAAAACAAGCCAGCGUUUAUCAUCUGCAAAAAAAAAAAAAAAAAGACAAAGAUUUUGGGUCACAGACGUCAUCAGGUUUUUCUCUGCAGUAACCAAGGUUACCGCUUCACAUUUAAAAAAAAAACAUGACGUCAUUAGAUCGACCACAGGAAUGAAGUCUGAAGGGAAAUUCGCUCGUGAGGAUCAUCUCUGCAGCAGAGACACGUUCAGUGAAAAGGACUGACUGAUUUCAGGGUUUGACUGAUUUCUCCUUUUGUUCGCGGUCGAGGUUUUUGUCAGACCUAAAGCUCCUGGGAGGGAUUUUAGCUGGUUAUGAAAUGAGCUGAAAUUAAUACCCGCUCCCUUCUGACCUAAAAAAGACAAACAACACCAUCAGUGAUGAGAGUUUGAUUUAUUCGUGCUGAUUUUUAUCACUUUUUGAACAGCUGCAGAAAGAAACUCUGUUCAUAGGAGGCGCCACAUCGACACAAUUUGAAGAUUUUUAAAGAGUAUUAAGAUGACAAGAACAACUUGAUCUCACAUAUCACACAUAUUGAUCAGUUCACCUCAAUAACGAUAAAUGGACGAUAACUAUUCCACAAGCUGCUCCCCCCCUCCCACAUUAACGUCGUCUACUUCAGCUGCUACAACUUUCCUGACUGGAUGGGGCGGAGUCACGUCUCUAACGUAGGACAGCGUCUUAAAGAGACAUGGGACCAUAGCCUAUCUACACAAAUCCAAAACCAACUUUGAUUUAUUGAUUAAUUUGACGUAGAAUAUACUGAUAUUGGCAAAAUGAUAUUGGUUAUUGUCAUAAAUUUCAGUAUUGGUAAAUUUUCGGUUUGUCGCCCAGCCCUAUGAUUUACCUUCACAAAUGUAAACCUAACCCUAAAUUUCCACUGCAUCCAGAACGCUACGAAAAGGUCGUAUCCUCCGAUCGUAGCUGAUCGUAACCAUUCAAGUUAACGUGUCAAUCAACGUGUCAGUAACGCCUGAUUUGACUUUUAGGAGUUUCCACCCAGUAGCAACAACCAGUUUAAUGCAAAAGUACCAAGAGCUGCAGUUCCUCAAGUGUCCACUAGAGGCUGGCUCCAAAAUUCCUGAAGCCACAUACACACUCAUUCAAAAAAGCACAUCUUUAUAGUAAAACUAAUAUGUUUACAGCCUGGUUUAAAAAAGAUCUCGUUUUUUUCACACAGUGUAGAAGGGCAGAUUUUUUAUUAUUUUUUAUAACUAAGAAGUUUGAUUAUAGAUGAUUAAUAUUAUCGGCAUCAGCAGGUAAAAGCGUUAAAAUUUAAUUAUUAAUAUUUGCAGGAUAUUUUUGUGUGUGUGUGUGUGUGUGUGUGUGUGUGUGUGUGUGUGUGUGUGUGUGUGUGUGUGUGUGUGUUUGUGCGCAGCCAAGAAUGAGGUUACUCGGCUUAGGGAUUGUGUUUUGGUACAGUCAGAGCCGAGUGUGUCUGUACUGACAGAUGUAGGCCAGAGCGGUUAUAUAAGGACUGAUGUAUGAUUAGGCAUGGAACACACACAUACGUACACACACACACACACACACACACGCAUACACAGGCGAAAUAGACUAGCCUAGCGACACACAGGGGAGCAAUGAGAGGCUUCAUAACAUGGAAGCACGCACUGAUGCUCACACAACAAAACUUGCAUGAAUGCACGUGGUCAUACAUGCUCAUCUACUGCACGUUAGAGCUCACGUGCACACAUACACACACACACAUACACACAACAGGUGGUAUCAUGUCACCCAGAAUGAUGCGUUGCGCGUCUCUGACAUUAUUUAAGUGUUUUUGUCCGCUGAGGUAGAAGGAGGGCAGCCCCAAAAAGUGAGUUAGACGGCUUUAGCUUGAUGUACAAAGUCGGUUACCACGACGACGGGUGACGUCUGUAGAGAAAUAAACGACUGCACUGACCUUUUUCUUGAUAUUAAGAUCGUUUGCAUGAUCACCUCUCAAGUACGCACGGUUCAGUGACGUGGCAAAUGCUUCGGGGCAGUUUUUUUAGACUUUUUAAGCCAAGAAAUAUCCAAUCUGCAUUUUUCCAGGCAGUCUAUAUAAAUUAAUAAAAAAUAUCAUGUUUUAAUACGCUACAACUCUGCCUGAAAAGCUCAACAGUGUGAAUUAGACCCGUAUUAAUGGGGCACCACUACUGAAACUCAACAUCUCAAGUGUUUUUACUUAUUUCAAGUGAAAAUUUCUCUUUUAAGCUCCAAAAAUAAGACCUGAGUUUCCAAAUUUAGAGUCCUGGUCCGCUGUUUUACGAGAACUCUCUGAGUGUGGUCCAACCUGAGCUCCUCCUCAGACAGGCUCCAUAACUCCGGUCUUAACGCUCACCUCAGCGUUCGUUCACGUGCUUUAAAAGUGCAGCUCGCCCAGCUCUGCCCCGUCUGUGUGCGGAUUGGGAGCAAGCGCAGCUUUUCCCCGUGUGCGAGUCGUCCUCUGGUUUAACGAUCAGGCUAACGGGGUCAGACAGGAGGGAACUGGACGGAGCAGAACAUCGUCUGGCUGCCUGCUUUAUCUGUGAUCGGUUUUCUGCUAAUGACAGGGCAGACACAGAGCAGACUAGAUCCAAACCACAGGGCUGUAAAUGCAGAGGAUCUAUAGACACUGACAUUUAUUUUUAUUUAACUGUUAGAGGCUUAAAUUUGGGCGGAACUCAAAUCAAAACUGGUGAGAGAGAAUUAUUUUGCGUUAUAUUAUAACAUAAAAAAAGGUGGAAUAGGGUUCAUCAUUUGACUCAUGCAGCUUUUCUUCAGUCUCCAAAAGAAAGACUUAAAAUUAAUCGACUCAGGCCGUCACACAGAUGUAAAUCAGCUGAUGGACGCCUGUUUCUUUCGGGUCAGAUGGUUCAUAUCCAUCGACCAGACUUAGAAGUUGGUGUCAGCUGAUCUGCUGCUGAUCUCUAAUUAAAGUUUUAAAAGUUUUGGGCUUUUUGCAAAAUAAAAAGUAAGAUCUCUGCAUCUAUUUGUUACUCUCAUAAGUGGUCACCAGGGGGCAGCAGGAACAAGCUCAGAAGAAAAGACAGUAUUACUAACUAGGGCUGUCACUGAAACUGAUUUUACCUCACAAUCAUGGCCGCCAAAGAUAAACUCCUGAAAAUGAAAUCAUAUCAAACUUAUAAAUACAACUCUAAACUUACAGAAACAAACGUUUGGAGUUAAAUGUCAAAUAUUCCUGAUAACUCAGACUUUCACUCCUUCAGAGAGUGACGGUAAAAUGAGUGAAUGAACAUCACUGACUCGUGCAGAUUUCAUUCACACAUUAGUCCGACUCAUUCGCCCACAUCUCUGCUGACAGAGUGGCUUUCGGUAUCGACGAUCACGCUUUCUGAAACGUGUUGUUUGUAAAUUAUUCAGUGCUGCAGAUGUGGGCUGAGCGUGAAAGGCCCCGAGGACCACAACAAAAACUAUUAUAAUCAGUAUUUUCAUCGAUAAUGAAGCCAAACAACUUUUUUUAACUUUUUUUAUUAGUUAGUAUUAGUAUUAUUAUUAUUAUUUUCAAAUGUUAUUUUCUGGUCACUUUUUUCUGGUACCUAAAUUGUGUAUAUUGUAUAUAGUUUUUUUUUUCUUCUCCCUUUUUACUUUUCUAAAUUUUUUCUUUAUUAUAACAUUUAUGUUCUUAAUAUUACUAUCUUUAUUUUUAUGUUCACUGAGUCAGGUGGACAAAGAUGAAUGAGUGAAAAUAAAACAACAUGUCAGAGCAGAAAAAUCAAAUUUUACUCUUUAUUUGUGUCUGACACGGAGGAGAAUCUGGUUUCUGGGGGAUCGAGAACGUCAAAAAGCUUUGAACACACAUACUUCAUCCCCAAACACACACACACACACACACACACACACACAUGACCCAGAAAUGUCUGCCACAGAGACUUCUCAAACACCAAUCAAAGACAAGCCGCCGUCCUUUUGUUGUCGCAGAGCUUUUACCGACUGACGUCAAGUGGCACCAAAAAAAAAAACCUCUGCAGAGAAAAAAACCUGAGAGUAAAAAAAGACGUCUGUGAACGACGGAUCCAGGGUGUCAUCUACAGAUCUGUGAUCAACCUCUUCUGUCUUUCUCUCUCAGGUUUCUCCUUCAGUGUUUGGAAGAUCUGGACGCCAACCUGCGGAAGCUCAACUCCCGCCUUUUUGUCAUCAGGGGCCAACCAGCUAAUGUGUUCCCACGGCUCUUCAAGGUCAGCGCCCGCCACAUCAAAUCUAACGAAAACAUCGAAUCGGCUUCGUGUGCAAAAUUGUCACCUUUGUGUUUCGUCUCUCUGUGUUUCAGGAGUGGAAGAUCUCUCGGCUGACCUUCGAGUACGACUCCGAGCCUUUUGGGAAGGAGAGAGACGCCGCCAUCAAGAAGCUGGCUAUGGAGGCAGGAGUGGAGGUCAUCGUCAAGAUAUCGCACACCCUCUACGACCUGGACAAGUGAGGGAAACACACUCAGAUUUAAAGUCUCACUUUCCUUAAAAAAAACUUUGCAGUAACCGGUCCUUGUCUUCGCUCGUCUCCAGGAUCAUCGAGCUGAACGGCGGGCAGCCUCCUCUCACCUACAAGCGUUUCCAGACCCUGAUCAGUCGACUCGAUCCUCCUGAGAUGCCCGUGGAGACGCUGUCCGACUCCCUGAUGGGUCGCUGUGUCACUCCCAUCUCUGAGGACCACGGGGACAAGUACGGCGUCCCGUCUCUGGAGGAGCUCGGUGAGGACAAACGCACACGACCAGAUCUGGACGGGUGUAGUUUAGAGAAAAACUUGACCUGUAAGGACGGAGUCUAAACUUGUCCGUCUAAAGUCUAUUAAAACUUCUAUAAAUAAGCAGAAAAUCUCCCGUUAAGAUCUAAGAUUGAAGUCGAUGAAAAUCCCCUCCAUGAUUAACACUGUUUGCUCAUUAAUCCCGCCCUAAACCGCGCCUUUAAAGCCGCACCUUUACCCUCGUUAUUGGAUUAAUCAGGUCACAUAUUCUCGUCCAGAUGCCCACCUCCAUUCACAAAAGGUUAACAGUCUAUUCCUGCGCUGUAACCAUCUGCUGCCUGCACCUGUGCAGGAGUGACUCAGAUAUUUCAGGUGUUAAACAUCUGAAACUCUCAGCUCAGUUUAUUUCAGACAAGCUGUUGUUUGUCCCUGAAGUGAUCCAGGAAACACGUUAACCCUCUUAGAUUUAGACGGUCAAGAUGUCCGCCGUCCAUUCACAGAGGGCGUCUCUUCAUUCAGACAUCUGCUGCUCACAUCUGCACCCUGUGACCUCAGUGAACUUUACAGACGACACGAUGAAAUCGCCUCCACGCUAGAGACUGAAUCUUUAGAAUCCGUUCAUUAAAAUGAUUCGUUCGAAAGAUUCCAGUGAGUGAUGCAGCUGCUGAAGUCACAGCGUCUUUCCCUGGGUGACACGCAUCCUUCAUUCGCAAAGUCUUGAGGGAAAAACCACCCCCCUGCCCUGAAAAACUCACCUCUCUGUGUGCCGCCGAAACAACACGGCAGCAAGCAGCACGCCCGCUAAACGAGCGCGAGUUGUCGUUCUUUUAUAUCGCAAAAAAAGUGGAGAGACAAACUGGUGCUCGACAGUUUAUGAACGACGCUAUGCCCCUCCCUCCUCCGCCUGCCUGAAGUCGUUCAGAAGUCGUUCGUUUCGUUCACAGUUUGACUGAUACAUGUCGUGAUUCAGUUCACGUCAUUCACUCAGAAGAUCUGUUCUUUUGAACGAAUCGUUCAUGAACGACUCAACACAACACCACACCCCUCAAACCUCUCAUCUGAGUCGAUGCUGGUCGAAAAACUUUCAGCACAGAGGUCCUGAAAAUUUCUGAAAAUUUCCAGGCAACCCAGAGACAAAGACUGAAUCUGAUCAGUCGUGGUUAAAAAUGGCGUUUUCCUCCUCUAACCUCCGACUCUCUGACUGAGAGCGAGAGGAGGAUGACCUCUGCUGCUGAACUAAACAAAUAAAAAUCUGUUUGAAUGAGUCCAAUGUUCGCCCUCAGGCUGAUUCUUUUAUGAUUUAAUCACAUACUUUUUUAUUCUCUGUUUGUCCAAAGGUUACCCUGAAUUUCAACGUUACAUAAAGUUCAUGUUUGCAUAACCGUGUCACGUUUGCAAAAGGCGACGAAUAAAACCGAGAAAAGUCACUUUGACUUAAAAAACAAACAAAUGAAGUUUUCGCUGUGACUUUAUCACUUUUUUUAAUCAAAAGCAACAAAAGGGGGAUAUUAGGGAUUACAGACGUGUCUAAAAUAGUGUUUUCUAAAUGGAUUGGUUCUGGGUAAUAAAAUAAAAGUAGUGCAGCAGCGACUUAACAAACCGCAGCGCCGCAGGAGUUCAGCUUUGUCCUGCUGCUGCACUAAUUAAAGAGGAGCGUUCAUGUUUCCACAGCAGGCCUGCAAACAAACAUCUUUAUGUAACUCUGAUUUUAGCGCGUUCGUAACCUGUAAGAAUCUGACUUUGAAAAAAAAAAGAAAAUAAGAAGCUAAAAACAAAAGUUCACCAUCAUCAACACAAGAAUGUAGAGUCAGUUUGAGCUGCUUUGUUGAAGAGUUUGUGAAAUAACUAAAGUUGUUUUCUUUGUUUUCAUGUUUUCAGGCUUCGACACCGAGGGUCUGCCGUCAGCCGUGUGGCCGGGAGGAGAGACCGAAGCUUUAACAAGGAUAGAGCGCCAUCUGGAGAGAAAAGUCAGUAUUAAAACUCUGCAGCAUUAGUUUUAAAAAAAAUCAAAAUUAAGAAGAAAAAAGUUCAUUUCCAGACAACAGAGUAAUUUCAUUUCAGCUUUAAAAGAGUCCUAAAUAAAGAUUUUUUCGAGUCUCUGAAUUUUAAGCAUCUGAGUUUGUUUGGUGCUAAAAUCUAAAUCAGAAACUCUGAAAACGCCGAUAAAAGACAAAUUUAAUCAUCUCUUAGUUUCUCUGGAGCAGGUUAAAAGAUUUAAGUAGUUGUAAUGAAUUAAAUAAAACAAAAAUAGAAAUUUUUUGUUGCUCGUUUUACAUUUUUGUUUUAGAAAAAUGAGAGCAGUCCUUUUAAACUCUCAGCUGAGUCAACAAUAGAGUGGAUUAUCCUACACAGAUUUUUUGUUGUUUCAUAUUUACGAUUGUCGGCGCCGACCCGUUUCAGACCCAAUUAUCAGGACAAAUUCACUCAUAAUACGCCUCAGACCACGAGAUCAUCUUAUAGGAUAAUCUUAGAAGACAUAAGAUAAUCUUCCGAUUGUCGUCCGUGGUCAGGAGGGGGAAAAUUCAGAGCAAAAACACCCCGACUAUCUAAGCGGUGUGUACCCGCUGAAGAGUAACUGUUUCAGCUCCACAUGAUCGGACCGUGCUCCUAAAGUUUGAACUCUAAAUCUGAAAAUCGAUCCACUUUCUAACACGUCUGUUUUUUUUUUUGUCUCUACAGGCGUGGGUGGCGAACUUCGAGCGCCCCAGGAUGAACGCCAACUCGCUGCUGGCCAGCCCAACAGGCCUCAGCCCGUACCUUCGCUUCGGCUGCCUCUCUUGUCGGCUCUUCUACUUCAAGCUCACCGACCUCUACCGCAAGGUACGUAGAGUUUGAAGCUUCACCGCUCUGAGAGUUAAAACCUUUCUGAAGACUGACUCCGCCUUCAUUAUGUCGUGGUUUUAUAAUUUUAUAACUGACUGUGUUAAUUUUGGCGCCCCCCUGUGGAUCUCCCGUGCACCUGCAUGUUUAAUCAGUUUAUUUCCUCUUCAGGUGAAAAAGAACAGCUCCCCGCCGCUCUCGCUGUACGGUCAGUUACUGUGGCGGGAGUUCUUCUACACCGCGGCGACCAACAACCCGCGCUUCGACAAGAUGGAGGGGAACCCCAUCUGCGUCCGCAUCCCCUGGGACAAAAACCCUGAAGCGCUCGCCAAGUGGGCCGAAGCGAAGACGGGCUUUCCCUGGAUAGACGCCAUCAUGACUCAGCUGAGGCAGGAGGGCUGGAUCCACCACCUGGCCCGACACGCCGUGGCGUGCUUCCUCACCAGGGGCGACCUGUGGAUCAGCUGGGAAGAAGGGAUGAAGGUGAGGGGGCGGGGUUUCAGAUUUAAAGGGAUAUUCCGGCGUAGAAUUAAGACACAGACUUGGACAUCCUGUGGAGAGAUGAAUGUUGUCGACCGCUUGCUUCUCUAGUUUUACCAACUUAAGUAACGACCGCAGGAUAGUAAUACAGAGAGCCACGCCCCCAACCAAAACGCCACUCUAUAGCCACAAAUAAUGCUCAGAACAGCACCUAACUUCAUCAACAGGACAUAUAGGGUCACAGACAUAGUACUAGACACCAAACAUCUUUUUAACGUUGACUAAAGUGACUAAACUUUGACCUCAUUUUACGCUUUAAUCUCUUUUUUUAAGGAUGGCGAAGAAAAGCGUUUUCUUUUUCUAACCUCUCCUUCUCGUCUCCGCCUCUCAGGUCUUUGAGGAGCUUCUUCUAGAUGCAGACUGGAGCGUGAACGCGGGCAGCUGGAUGUGGCUGUCCUGCAGUUCAUUCUUCCAGCAGUUUUUCCACUGCUACUGCCCCGUGGGCUUCGGCCGGCGCACCGACCCCAACGGGGACUUCAUCAGGUGGGUACCUUUCCUCGCAUCGCCCAUUGGUGACAACUGCUGACCCACCACCUGGAUGGGACCCUUCCUCCCUCUGUCUCUCUGGAAACGCACAUCUAUACGCACACAGAGUUCGUUCAGCGCCGCCAUCAGGGUCAGGGUGAGGAAAUCCGACAGACGAUUGAAGUUUAAUCUUCAGAUCACGCAGUUUAGACGCCAUCAGAGGUGUAACUUUGAGACAACAUCAGAGAGAGGGAGAGAGAGAGACGGAGGGAUAAAGGGGGACCACCAGAUCUCUGGGUAAGUGACUGACAAGAAUAUCCAUCCUCCCCCUCUUCUCCUUUUUUUAUGUUUCCCCUUCGGUCCAUGUUCUGUUCUGUUCAAACUUCAGCACUUUAGUUUUUUGGAAAUCAGGCAUGUCUUCUGUAAUAAUGUCAGUGUUCACAGUGUUACUUCUUUGCGUGCCUUUUUUUGAUUUGAUUGUUUGUGAAUGUCUCUUUGGUGAUUGUGUGCGCGUGCAAAUAUCUUUAGUUGAUAUAUUGAUCUCUAUAAUUGUUGCCAGCAGGUGAUGAUGAUGAUGAUGAUGAUGAUGAUUUUGACCACACGCUCAGGCGUAGACGGACUCUUCUCUUUCUCUCGAUGUGGCUCUGUGUUUGUGUUUUUGGCUCUUCUGUUUUUUGGGGGGAUUGGGGGAAAAGUUCAGCUAUCCCUCUCCCCUUCGUAGAUUGUAGUUGAUUGCUUUUAAGAUGAUUGGCCGUUCCCACGCCCCACCCCACCCCACCCCCCGCCCCCACCAUCCAGGCGCAGCCGGGCUGCUGGUCAGGGCUGCCUUGGGUGGAAGUUGGGGUACGAGUUGAGAAACCGGUGGUCGUUUGUUUUUUACUUGCCUGUCAGACCCUGAGGGACGGGGCCCCAGCAGCACCCUCUGGGCAGGUUUGUGACUCGGUGGCGUCUCAUUACGUCAAAAGGGAUUCUGACCGCUUGGUAGGGAAAUGCACACGCCUUGCCUGCAUUCGUUAGGUAGAGGACUAUGAAGCAUUCCCCAGGGGGUAGCGAGGAGAGGCGUUUGGACCAGCUGGAGCUCUGCAAUCGCAGGGAUGAACGGAGCCGGUCCAUUGUCCAGACAAAGCUGGACAAAGCCCCUCAUCCGACCCUUUGUGAAAUGUUCAGUGGUGCUCUGCUUAUGUGAAUGCAGCCCUGCCGGUUCAGGUGGACUCGGAACAGCGGCUGGUCCAUAUAGACACACACUUACACACACCUAUAUGUGCUUUUAGAAUGACAUUAACACUGAUGAGAUAUAAAGCUUAAUGCAGAAAAAUGCACAAGCCGAAAUUUCAAGAUUACAAAAUGUUAAAAGUCGAAAUUUCGAGAAUAAAAAAUAAAAAUUUAGAGAUUAAAGCUGAAAUUUCAAGAUUUAAGUGGAAAUUUCCAGAAUAAAAAAUCGAAAUUAUGUCAAUUAAGUCAAAAUUUCAACAUUAACAUUUUAAAUCUCGACAGAUUUUUGAGCGCUUUGUACCACAUAAAAUCUGUCAUUUAGCACAACAAGAAAUCAUACAUGAGGCGCGCUGGAUAAUUAAGUUUACUAUAAAUUUUUGGAGAAACUUUAAGGAUUUUAAGUGCACCUUUUAGUCUGAAAAAUACAGUAAUCAAUAAUAAUACUAUGCUAUUUGAUUAAAAAUAGAAAUCUGACAAAAAGACGAACUUUAUCUUAGAUUCAUGCAAACAGUACAGAUUAAAAAAUACAAUUUCAAGGUUAAAGUCUAAAUUUUGAGAUAACAAAAACCUCAAAAUAUCAUGAAUAAUGUCAACUUUUCGAGAUUAAAAAAAUAAACAAAUAAAAUAAAAAUUUAAAAUUAAUAUUUUAAGAUUAAAGUCGAAAUUUUGAGAUAAAAUUUGAAAUUUCAAGAUUAAAAAAUCAAAAUUUUGACAUUUAUAUUCAAGAUCUCGACAGAUUUUUGAGGUUAUUUUACCACACAAAAUCCAUCUGUAAGCACAACAAGAAAUCAAACAUGAGGCGCGCUGGAUUAUAAGGCACACUGUUAAUUUUUGAGAAACUUUAAGGAUUUUAAGUGCACCUUCUAGUCCGAAAAAUACGGUAAUCAAUAAUCAUACAAUGCUAAUUGAUUAAAAAUAGAAGUCUGACAAAAAGACGAACUUUAUCUUAGAUUCAUGCAAACAUCACGUCUCUGCAGCCUCCUCUUAUAUGUCAGUUUUGAAGUAAAUUUUACACACCUCCAUCAUUUGCACACACUCCCUAAAAUAAACACCACCCGCUGUCCCCCGCAGGACCGCUUGUUUCCGGCAGGUUGCGGAUCUUCCUGGCAAAAGGGUUGUGGUCCCUUUUGGUGAAAUGAGGGGGCCCCCUAGUGGGCCAGCCCAGAGCGUGGUGCUGUGGUUUGUGGGAGGGGUAACGGUCAGCAGCGAGGGGGGGGGCUCUGGGCCUGCUGACCACUUAAAAGACAACCACCACAGUCUGAGGGACAGGGGGAGCAGGCGUGAGCUCUUUUCUCAGUCCACCACUGUCUGAUUAUGGGGGAGGGAAGGGGGGAGGAGGGCGGGAGGGAGGGGCCUGGAGCUGCGAGGUAUAAUGGAAGACUUCUGUCAUCGACUCAGCGUGAUUUUAGCGCUCUUUUUUUGUAGCUCUGGAGUUUAUUUUUUUAUUUUGAGGCAGUUUAAUAGAAGCAGAGAUUAAAAAAAAGAGUAAAUAUUCUCAUGUGAGGAGAUUUUUGUAAUCACAGCUGACUUUAACUUCAACAGACGUCGACUUUUUUCAGACUUUUUCUACUUUUUAUGAUUUAGAAAACACGAGAAGGAGAAGAAGAAGAAGAGAUCCCUCGAUGGCAGAACUCUCUCCACCAUACACCCGCUCCGGUCGGGGUUCAAGUGGGCGGGCUGUGGGUGGGCUGGGGUCAAUACACUCUGCUUUCUAACUGCGUGUUACAGUAGACGUCUCCUAGCAUCAUCAACCAAAGCGGAGGGGGAUCUCUCUCUAGCGACGGGGGCGGUCUCCUUCACGACCGGAGAGCCGUCUCUUCAUGUGUGCCGGUCCACAAGGCCGCACCGCCCCUCGCCCCCUUACCCUCCUUCUCCUCCAUCCUCCCCCCCUCAACUCUCCUCUCUCUCUGCCUCCCGGCGGUGCGCUGUGUCACUUUUCACAGUUCCACAGUCGCCCCCCCCUCCCCUCCCACAGUCCUCUGCCUCUCUCUGUCUCCCCUCCUCGGACUAGGUAAGGUGGGACCAAGUUCAGUAGGUAGGUGGCUUCUUUUUGUCACUUGGAGUAAAUCCACGACAGGCCAAGACAGACCAGCUCCAGCGGUGUUCAAUGGUACUACGAGACUAUGUUGACCUCUCUCUCUCUUGCUGCAGUCAGAUUUUUCUGUUUUUUAUCUCUUGGAGGAUCAAACUUUUUGUCUCUCCGGUUAUUUCCUCUCUCUUCUUGGGACCACAGCCCCUCGUUCUACUCCUUACCAAGUUGUGAUCUGUAGUCCUCAUUGGUGCACUGCGAUGCUAACUCACCUCAGUGCUAGAAGUCCACAGCAACUUUGUACUCAUACUCUCAUGUACUGUAGCCAUACUGUGCAGUGUUGUGCUUGUUUGUAGCUUUCAUUUUGUAGCACCUAUUUUCCAUAAUACCUGUAAGCAUGAAGUGCUGAAGAUCAGCAUGCUCUCAUAAGUUCCAGUUAAAAUAAUAAUGACCCCAUGAUGAAUUUCUGCUAAACUCUUGUGUUAGAAUGUCUCACUUUAUCUGUACCCAGCACAGUAUGAGCUUAAAAACACACCUUUCUAAUAUUUCUACCCUUAAUUUAACUGCAGAUGUCAGAUAUUUUGCAUUCAUUUUUUCCUGACUUGUUUUAAAAGAAAGUCCUUUUGCAUCCCCGCAUCUCACCCGACCCCCCGAUUAACUCUGCAACCUUCCACGUCCUGCCAACGCAAGACAGCGAAUCUAAUGUCUCCCUGUGCUUCCAGACGAUAUUUACCUAUCCUCCGAGGUUUCCCCGCUAAGUUCAUCUACGAUCCCUGGAACGCUCCGGAGUCCGUGCAGGCGGCGGCCAAGUGCAUCAUUGGAGUCCAUUACCCGAAGCCCAUGGUGCACCACGCGGAGGCGAGCCGGCUCAACAUCGAGAGGAUGAAGCAGAUCUACCAGCAGCUGAGCCGAUACAGAGGACUGGGUAAGCGAGGAUGUACUGACACAACGCAGGAUUAAAGAUAUAUCAGGAGGGAGAGGGUUAAAAAAAGAGUUAUGUGAGUUUUAGACUUCCUGAAAAUGAAAAAUGAUAAAAGGAGAUUUAAGUCUCCACCUCAUCGCCCAGCUGUAAGAGGAUAAGGGCCACAUGAAGAGGGAAAAAAAAUACUGGAGGGAAAUUAAAAUAAAAUUUUCAACAUUAAAAAUUAUAAUUUUGAGAUUUAAGUCGAAAUUUCUAGAUUACAUAAUGUCAAAAUGUCUUGAAUAAUGUCCAACUUUCAAGAUUUAAACGUAAAAUUUUGAGAUCAAAGUCAAAAUUUCGAGAUUAAAAAAUCAAAAUUAUGUCAAAAUUAAAAAUUUGAGAUUAAAAAAAUUUAAAUUUCAAGAUUAAAGUUGAAAUUUCCAGAUUAAAGUUGUAAUUCCAAGAUUAAAAGAACCAAAAUUAUGUCAAUUAAGUAAAAAUCUUGACAUUAAAUUUUUUUUUUUAAUUAAAGUCGAAAUUCAAAAAUUACAAAUGUCGUAAUUGUCGAAAUUUCAAGACUAAAAACAUAGAAAUUCUGACACUAAAGUUGAAAUUUCAAGAUGAAAAAAGUAUGUCAAAGCCAAAAUUUUGACAUUAAAUAAUAGAAAUCAUGUCAAAGUUGAAAUUCUGACAUUAAAAUUUAAAGUUAUGGGAUUAAAGUCAAUUUCAAGGUCACAAAAUGUUGAAAUGUCGUGAAUAAUGUCAAGUUUCGAGAUUAAGAAUAAUUAAAUUUUGAGAUUAAAGUCGAAAUUCCCAGAUUAAAGUCAACUAGAAUAAAGUCGAAAUUUCAACUUUUUUAUAAUUCUGACUUUAAUCUGGAUAUUUCAACUUUAAUCUCAAAAUCUUGACUUUAAUCACAAAAUUAAAAUUAAAAAAGUCCCCCUCAUUUGAUUGUUUUUUCUGUUCUAAUCCUCUGUCAUGGAUUUUUAAGAUAAAUCAGAUAAAAUAAAUAAAGAACAUUAUUCUGCCUGAACUUGGAGAGUGUGUGACAGCAGUAAAUCUUAUUCCCCUCACUGAUUAUCAAACAUGAGUUAUUAAACGUAUUUUAACGGUGUCCUUUUGUCUGUCAGGCCUCUUGGCUUCAGUACCGUCCACCAAUGGGAACGGAAACGGAGGAAUGAUGGCGUACUCUCCUGGAGAGCAGCAGCCAGGGACCAAUAACAACAACUCGCACUGUGAGUCGAUUCACGAUUACAAAGAUCUGCAGAUAUCUCACAAACUGUUGGAGGAACAGAGCGGUAAACUUGUUUUUGUGUUUUUUUUUUUUUAGUGCCUGGAGUGUCGGGGAGCUCUGUCGCUACGGGUAACGGCAGCGGGAGCAUCCUCCUCAACUUUGAUAAUGAAGAACAGAGGAGACCGAGCAGCGCUGCGCAACAACAGCAGCAGCAACGACUGCAGCCACUCCCACCACAACAACAACAACAACAACAGCAGCAGCAGCAGCAGCAGCAGCAGCAGCAUGGUAGGGUCACUAAACUCAUGUUUGCAGGGAGAUUAGCGCCAUCUUCUGGGUAAAACUGGAAACACAACAGAAAUACUCCCUCCAGAAUUCACUCCCAAAACAGGCUGUUUUGUGGAUGUUUUUAAUUCUCAGUUUGAUUGUGUGUUUGAUGCAUUUUCAGCAGGAUACCACUCAGUGCCAGACGCCAGCCAGACCAUCACCAGCAGCCGACUCUACCACGAGUUUGCUGUGCCUCAACACCCGGGUAAGAAACAACAAUAUAGUUCGUAGUUUCAUCGCAGCGAAACCCUCCUGUUACUCAACCUUCCACCUACAAAAGUCGAUUAUGAUAAACGCUGACGUGUUUUUUUUUUUCUCGCUCCUUGAAACAUUCAGGACUUCUCCUGCAGACCAGAGGCGGCAUCACCGGAAAGCGCGAGCGUGAGUCGGAACGUGAAGGGUCGGGGGAGAAAGAUUCGGCGUCCUGCUCUGUGCACAAGAUGCAGAAGCAAAGUGCAGAGGUGAGAGAAAACACGUUGUUAAAGGAGACCUGUGAUACUCUGUCAGAGCGGGACACAAGUAGAGCAGCUUUUCAUGAUUUCUUCUUGUUUAUCCUGCACUGGCACCAAUAAAAACCUCACGAAUGAAUCCACUUCUCCGUCUUUCUCCAUCCUCUCUGCAGACUACCUAG